AUGCCGGAUUCUGUGAGCUGCGGAGCAGCCAUCAGCGCGUGUGAGAAGGGCACACAGUGGCACCAGGCGUUGCACCUCCUCAGCCGUUGGAAGAAACUGCCUGUGCCUUUUGAAAGAAGCCGCUCCCCAUUUCCUUUGCACGUGUCGCAGCCCAACGAACGUAGAGACCAAACUUCGUGCAAUUUCGAGUGCUUCCAGGACGACCUACUUCGAGUUUGA